AUGUUCAAACGUCGCAAGUCGGGCCCCAUCGUAACCGACACCGCUCCCGAGAAUUUCAGCGUGCGCUGGCACGCGAUCGCGAACCCAGCCACGUCGAGUCUCGACAUCAUGUCCUCCCCGGACCCCCUCAACGAAGAGGACUCGUACUUUGCGCCACCGUCUUCUCAACGCUCAACGCGCAGUCGCCUGUCGCCGGUUAGGAUGAGAAGCGACUCGCCCCGGAAACAGCAAUACGAGCUCGAAUAUGGGGAUUAUCGAUCGCGGUCCAAAUUGCUGGUCACCCUCGAAGCGCAGGAUGAUGCGCCGCCGAGCGCGACUGCGAGGAAGCUCUAUUCGGCGAGCCCAUUCGCGCACCGCGCUCUGAGCGCCACCACCAUGAGGGUGCCUCUCAAGCAAUCGGUCGAGGAGGAAUCUGGACCUGGAGGUGACGCGACACCGCGGAAACGAGGUCGACCGAGGAAGAACAAUGGAACCCCAUUGCCCAGCGCCGCGAAGAAGAGAAAAGCCGCGACGCCAUUGAGGCCAGACGCGAAGCGAUCGAACACCGCGACCGAACCGGACCCGUUGUCGGGUGCCGAAUCACAAACCGCGCCAGUUUCAGCAGCGAAGAGUAGCCAGCUUCAUUCGCUCAAAACUUUAAUACAGCCGUCGAGUGACCUAGGGGUCGGCGUUGAGCCCUCGUCUGACAUGGUAUCGAUACCGACUCCGACACCAAAGCGUCGCGGCCGCCCGCCGAAGAACAAAUCUGCCGAACCGUCUUCGGUCGCAAAGGAGUCAGCUAAAGCAACUCGGCGACGACGUCAAGCGCUUCUACCCGAGGAUUUGGAGGCCAUAAACGAGGCGAUACCUGAGGAACCCGAGUUAGCACCUGGAGACGACACGAACCAAACGGGCUUGCCCUCACUUGCCGUGGGACCAGAACACCAAGAAAGAUCUUCUCCUCAGGGGCCAGAGUCGGAUAUUUGGAUGAACACCAUGUCGAACCAGGAAACACCGCGGCCACGAUUGCCCACGCUGAAGCCACCAUCUGGUGCUCGGGCAAAAAGUCACAUCUCCAUACCUUCAUCCGCAACCAGCGAGGCGGAUAGCGAAACAUCCGGACAUGAAGGAUACGCCGCAGACGCGCCGUCCAUUAGCGAUGCCGGCUCCAUCAUGGACGCCCCGACAUAUCAGGGCCCGAGAAACGAUACCAUUGCACAAGAAGACUUUAGCAUGAUAUUUGUGGAUUCUAUACACUCGUACCAAGAGUUUAAGAGCUCUGCUGCCGGGAAAGCUCCCACAAACCUCAGCGAACUUGAUGAAGAGGAGGAAAGGAUUGUUAAUACGACUCUAGAGUCUCUGCGGCAAAGUCGCGGCAGUGCAAUGGCGGAGGACUCAAACGUUGACUUGUUCGAAGACCAAAAAGACCCACAGGAGGGUAGAGUCGACCACGCUGAUGACAACACUGCCAACAUGGAAAUGCAUGGGCUUGAGACGGAACCCGAGGAGCGUGCGGUCUUUAGUGCCCAACAACAGGAUCGCAUGGCGCUCGAUGCUGACAAUGAUAAUGGCACCAUGCAUACAGAGGUCAUGGUAGAACCUGAACAGAGUGGGAGCAAAGACAUGGCGGAAGAGAUUGUCGAGGACGAGUUGAGCCCUAACGAGGACAUUCCCAUACCGAUCCUGACGGAGCUUCCUGUCCCGCCCAUCGAGGAGCCCGUACUCUCAUCCUCCCCAGCGACAACGUAUCAGGAGCAGGCAGAAGAUCCAGCGCCACUCAUGUCUUCCGCUGUGCAAGCAUCCCAUCGGGGCUUUUCUCCAAGAUGGCUACGCACUCCUCGAGGAUCGAACGUUUCGCCGUUGCGAAGGAGGGCACUGGCUUCCACAGCAAAACAGAGCAGGCCGACACCGCUUACCGAAGAGGUUGGAGACGAGGACACGCGGAUGUACAGUUCGCCCAGCAGGCGGACCAACAAUGACUCAAACCUCUACGAGGACUCCUUCUCCGAGAUUCCACCAGCUAUACUGGAAGCGGCGACGCCGGGACGACCCAAAGUGCAGCCCGAAGCAGAGAUGGAGUUGGAUAGCGAGAAUGGAAUGGGUGAGGAGAUUGGAGAGGAAUAUGAGGACAUGGAACUUCCACCACAAGAAGACAGUUCACGUCACGUCGAACCAGUAGAGCAUGAUCCAAGCGAGGAAGCGCGGGACCCAAAGGUCGAGCCAUUCCAAACGAGAUACGCUCAAGAUGUGCCGGCUCAGGAUGAAACUGUUGUUGACGCGGUUGGAGGAUUCGCAAAUAUUGAGGACGCUCGUUCACCACAGGAGACUGAGCCCGAAGAUCAACGUGAGCUCGGGAUUAGGGAUGAUGCGCCAACGUUAGGGCCUGUUAGCACAGAUCAGUCCCACGUCCAAACUCAAACCCAGCCUCGAGCAUCUUCUGUGGUCAGUUCCGCGCACACAGAAAGUGGGCGACUGCCUACACCAGACGAUACUCCUGAAGACGCCCAGCCGGAAGCUCCUCAAAAGGUACCCGGGAGUCUGUUGGCUGAUCAGGCCGCUGCCCGCAGCGAACCUGAUGUUCAGCUCCAGGACGAGCUCGCUGAGUCACCGCAAGCUGUGGAAUAUCUACAGCCAUCCCAAGGGGCAGUCUCACCUGAACGAGACUCACGGUUACCGGAGAUCACACCGCUUCAUCAGUUGUCAUCGCCAGCCCAGGAACCUCAGUCCGCGGGGAGCCAAAGUACACAGGACAAGGCACCAAGACCAGCUCUCUCUGCUAUUGUCAGAGCUGGCAAAGUCUUGCAGCAUGUUACGUCUGACCCACCCUCGCCCGAGGACCAUCAACCACAGCUCAGAAGUCCCUUCAGGAGUUCGGCGAGUAAAGAGUCCUGGUCAGGAUCUCGUGAUGCAGCAAGCGGACGCCGUCUCAGCUCAAGUCCUACUCGGCGGUCUACUAAUGGCCAUCGCCGCACCAUAUCGACGGAGCGCCUGGGUGAGGACCCCUUUGGCGCAGGCUCGCGAAGCACGGGACAAGGCAGCUUUAUGCAAGCCCUCAACCGUAGCAUGAGCGAACACGCGAAUAGAACCCCGGGUGGUGCCGAGGGCUCUACGGCCAGUUCUAUGCGCAUCACCCCACCGGAUGAUGAGAUGAGCUGGGUGGCCGAGGCUGGUCCCAUUGAUCCAGGUCUGCGUGGAGACAUCUCACUGCAGGAAGUUGUUCACUUGAGAAAUCACCCGUCGCGGUCGGAAGAGCUCAGGCAAGCCAGUGCGCAAGGUGGCCUUCCCCCUGGCGAUGACGAGACGGAUAUAUGGGAGUUUGAGGCCUCUCGCGGAGAGCCUGAUGAACCUGUUCCUCAUCAAAAGCUGUUCGAAGGGAGUACAGCGGCGCCGAUUCACCAAGAAGUGUCUGUACCUAGCCCACGGGCCAGCCGCAGAAACUUUGCACCCAGGGCGAGCGUGUCGAAGCCGGAAGUCCCGUCGGCGAGAGCUACUACCAAGGCAAUGCCAGCGGCCGCUCAAGAAGACGAAGAAGAAUAUUCAUUGCUUGACAAGGAGAAAAGAGCAGCUGAAGCUGCCCAAGCGCCCCCAACUGCGUCAAAGCCCCGUUUUGACCUAUCUGCGUUCUUCUCCUCUCCGGCAUCGAUUCCAGGGAUGAUCGCGGACAGGCUCUUCCCGGCAAAAGGUCAGGCUGCAAGCGCGACUAAGAAGAGAGCUGCUGUACCAACCAGCAGCAUGUUUCCAUCAGCACCCCAGCAACAGCCUUCUCGACCUACUAGCGAAAUGGAAGCUAUGUCCUCGUCGCCAGUGCGUGUGCAAAGUCGCCGGCCUCCUCCGCAAGUGGAACAGAUAUCGACCUCACCUGGGACACCCGAAAGGUUAGAGAGGCCUGUUCCUGCGCGAAGGCUAAAUCCUAUACCCCAGCAGAGGAGAGCGAGUACCUCUCGUGAAGCGACCUCCACGGUCCCCUCGACAAUACCAACUCCGCCUCGCAUGCAACUAUCGCACGAGGAUAUUGCGCGAUGGCAACAGGAAGCCUCACAAGCGACGAGCAGCUCAGAGUCCAACGGAUCGCCACGUCGCUUUCUGCGCCCUCUUCCCCCGAGGAAUGCUUCGCCCAGCAAGUCGAAUAUUCGGUCACCCCUGAAACCCCGUACCCCUGGGAGAGUUGUCGAAUUCACGAGUAGCGUGCUCGAACCAGCGGACGAAGCGCUGAAGGGCCAAGAGGAGCAACAGCAGCAUCGCUCGAGGCAGCAGCGUCCGCUUGCACUAGCAGAACCGGGCAAAACUCCAAGCUCACAGCCGGCGCAAUCCACUCAUGUAGUCAAUGAGCAGGAGAACCAACGACCGCCGAGCGUGCGGUCAUCGCGAUUCGUGCAGAGCAGGAUUCAUCCAACCGAGCUCUCCCCUGCCGAAUGGUCCAAGAGGCACUGGACUUUGCUUGACAAUCUGCUCAAAGCACGUCGCAGCUCUCCAUUCCCCUUGGCAGCACCAAGACAGUCAGGCAAGCUCCUUGGCAAAGUGUUCAAGGCCAAGGGGGAGAGCAUUCUCAUAGAACGAUGGCACCUCGACAUUGUUGAUGCAUUUUGCGCUGAGGUAGGCGGAUGGGAUGCACAGACGGUGUGCAAGAGACUGUUCUGCCUCGUUGUCAACGAGGAGAGAAGCGUGCAGAAGCAGCGUGCGCGUCAGUUGCAGAAGCAAAGAGAACGAGAACAUGAUGCGAUCAUGUUUCACUAA